AAAGGGUCUGAUUUCUCUGUGUCAGCCCUAGCAUUUCAGCUGUCUUGUCACCUCUACACUUGUCACUCCCCCUCAUCUAAGGAGCAGUUUAUGGUUUCAGUAUCUAAGAGGAGUAAGGGACACAUCUCUCAGAGAGACCAAGGAUCUUUAUGCCAGAUCUUCACUUAUAUAGCUAUCAACUGUGGAGAAACUAUUUAGCUGAGCUACAACUGAGUGUCUGAGAAUGACAGAGAUCGAAAUUCAAGAUCCUUCUCCCUCUAAAGAGGUUGGAGAGGCCAAGAACUCUGUCCUGAAGUUAAAGGGAAUGUUCAAAAAGAAGAAAGAAGAAAAAGAACCAGAGAUUCAUGAGACUCAGCAAAAUGGAGAACUUCCUAAUUCAGGACCUAUUAUCUACUAUAUUUAUGAGUCAGAGGAGGAAGAGGAAGACCUUCCCCCAGAACCUCCCCCAGAGCCUCCCAGGCCAGUCAAUGACAAGCCACAUAAGUUUAAGGAUCACUACUUGAAGAAGCCAAAGUUCUGUGACGUGUGUGCCAGGAUGAUUGUCUUGAAUAACAAGUUUGGACUGAGAUGUAGAAACUGUAAAACCAACAUUCACCAUCACUGCCAGUCCUAUGUGGAGUUCCAGAAAUGUUUUGGGAAGAUACCUCCAGGUUUUCGCCGUGCAUAUAGCUCCCCCUUAUACAGCAAUCAGCAAUAUGCCUGUGUUAAGGAAUUGCUUCCAUUCUCUUCUGCUAAUCGCACUGAUCCUGUAUUUGAUACUCUAAGGACAGGAGUCGUCAUGGCCAAUAAGGAAAGGAAAAAAGGACAGGAUGACAAGAAAAAUCCUGCUGCUAUGAUUGAUGAGGAACCUGAGCCCCCAAAGCAAGAAGAGGGAAAACCAGAGGGAGAUUCUCCUGAUGGUGACAAAAAUGCACAGGAUGCAAAGAAUAAGAAAACACAACCAGGUGUCCGAGGAGGUUUCAUGCAGUCUCAUUAUUUUGUGGCUCUGUAUCGUUACAAAGCUAUUGAAAAGGAUGAUCUAGAUUUCCACGCUGGGGAUAGAAUCACAGUGAUUGAUGACUCCAAUGAAGAGUGGUGGAGGGGCAAGGUGGGUGACAAAACUGGCUACUUACCAGCUAAUUUCCUCAUACGUGUACGAGCAGGAGAAAGAGUGUACAAGGUGACUCGUUCUUUCGUUGGAAAUAGAGAGAUUGGGCAGAUUACACUGAAGAAAGACCAGAUUGUAGUACAAAAAGGUGAGGAAUUAAAUGGCUACAUUAAAGUUCUGACUGGACGGAAGGUUGGACUCUUCCCUGUAGACUUUCUGCAAGAAAUCUGAAGACAGAAAAUGGAUAGCGACGUGUAACUGAGAGAACCAGUAAGGCAGAACUUCAGGCUGUUUUACUGAUUGUUCAUUCUGUGAGUGCUUGAGAGGAGAUGACUGCUUCCGGCAAACAGUCCUUUCUGGAUAAUAUAAUGGGGAGGCUUCCUCUAAAUUGAUCUCCUGUCUGGGUUAUCACUGUUCUAAUGUAAGACAAAUCUAGAGAACAAUAUCAGUUUCUCUAAUAUCGCCAAAUCAAAAUGGCACCCUGGAAUUCACUUACAAAGAAUAAAAUAUAAAAUAAGCAGCUGCAGUAUCUUCCCUAUUUUAAAACACAGAAUGUUCAUCAUUUUAAUUAAAUUUUGUGAGCUAUGACAGAUGCCGUCACAAGUGUGGCAACUUAUGGACAUUUUGCAGAUGAUUUUAUUUUUCAAGGAAGUAGUUUACGGUGAUACUGUGCAUAGACCAUCUGUUAAAUAAAGUUCAUCUUCUGGUUCAUCAACAUUAUUUAUGCCAAAACAAUAUUGGUGCAUUUAAAAUGAAAAUCAAGGUCCAUCAAGCAAAUUGUCUUCUCAAUGACGGACUUUUUAACACCCGCAAUUUAACAUAUUAGUUUGCUGUUCCUGCACAUUAUUUCAGAUCAUUACCAAGACAUUGACUGGUCAUGGAACUUGUUACUGGGUUCAGUUUGUUUUCAUUGUUGGUGCCCCAUUAAUCUGCUGCUGUAUUAUGUGUACAUUUUUCACUUUGCAAUAUUGGUAAUGUUACAAUCUUAUACUGUGUCUUUUUUAGGUGCAAAAUAUGAUAUAAUUAUUGGAAAUCUCUGUAUUUAUAGACACUUUUCAGACUGGCUAUAUGAGGUGCUGUAAAGCUGUACCAACGUUAAAACUGUAUUAUGUGCCUAGUGAACUAGCAGUACUAUAGAAAAUAUUCUGUAUGCUUCCAGAAACGUUAUUUUCAUAGGCGUUUUGCUAGAUAACCACAUGCAGGUAUAUAUAAAGAGGUUAUGAUUUGUAAAAGAGUUAUGACCCAUAAAGAGGGUGCAAUAUUUAUCAUUACAUUGAAAUAAAUAGAUGCAGUGUACAUAUUGACUUGUUACAUAAUAAUUAUAAUAUAUUAUUUAUGGUUAUAGCCCUUUUUGAGCACAAACCAUACAACCACCCUUGUUCAGAAUAUAUUUAUUUAGUAAAUUAUUGGUAUUAUAUAAGUGUAGACCUUUAGGUGACACAAUGUUCAAAACUAAAUUAGGGUAUUGCAGAAAAAAGUUUGAAAAGCUCUGCCCUGAAAGGCAAGUAACCACAGCACUAUAGAUAAAUAGGGCCAUGUGUUUUUUUUAUAGCAAUAAAGUUAUAUGCUGCAUUAUACCAGGUAGAAAAAUUCAGACACAAUGAAUUACUACCAUGAAGUGUUUACACUAUAUUACUGGCAUGAGAAGAUGCAAUAUGUACUUGAAUUAUCUUUCUGUACCUUCUCUAUGUGAUAUUUGAUGUCUUGUGGAAUAUAUACUUGUGUAGGUUGUAUAACUGUAGAUAGAGGAAAUUUAAAUAAUGAGCACAUUACUAUGGAAUCAUAAAAUAUCUCCAAUUCCCUAGUAAAUAUGGGAGUUUGUCUAAUGUUUAAAGUCUCUGGCUUUUGUGUGCAUUUCAAGAUUAGCACUUUGGAUACAUCUGAGCCUGCUGUCAAAAGCAAGGAUAAUUGUAAAGCUAUGAAGGCAAGAAUCAUCUGGGUAUUAGAAAAGCUAUGAAGGCAAGAAUCAUCUGGGUAUUAGAAAAGCUACGAAGGCAAGAAUCAUCUGGGUAUUAGAAAAGCUACGAAGGCAAGAAUCAUCUGGGUAUUAGAAAAGCUAUGAAGGCAAUAAUCAUCUGGGUAUUAGAAAGAACGGCUAUAAAUAAAUUACACCUUCAAAUAAUAUAUCUGCAAAAAAGUUUAUUUUGCAGUUGGACUCAGUAUGACACUGUUGUGAAUAUGUGCAGUUUUAUAAUAGCUGAAAUAGAUAGAAAUGUCAAAAAUAAACAUUUGUUAUUCAGACAGGACAUGCAAUUUUAAACAACUUUCCUAUUUACUUCUAUUAUCAAAUUUGAUUUGUUCUCAUUGAAUCCCCUGUUGAAGAGUAAACCUAUGCAGGCUGAUUGGAGCUUAGAAGAGUGCAAGUGUCUUUAGCAUUCUAUGCUAUGCUAUGCUAUGUAUAAAAUUGCUAUAAACAUUGCUGCAAACACUGCUGCCAGAUUGCUAAAAACACAUGCACACUCCUGAGCUCAUCCAGAAUUAUUCUUUAACAAAGGAUAUCAAUCGUACUAGGUAAAAGUGAUAGUAGAAGUUAAUAGUAAAGUUGUUUUAAAGUACAUGCUCUAUCCAAUCAAUUUAACUUUCAUUUUGACUUUACUCUCCCUUUAAAAUUGAUAUAUCAGUAAUACUCAAAGGGACAGUGCAAAAUGAAAAUGAUGCAAUGUGAUAGAACAUGUAAUUAUUGCACUGUUAUUUGCAUAUUAAUAUAUAUUUUCUGAACAGCGGAUUAGAUAAUAGAAGCAAAAUUUGAGCCAUGAAAUAAAUAAAAUUUACUUUACUGUCCCUUUAAGGCCUCAAUCAGUUUUUGUAAAAGUGUAUAGCAUGCUCUACCAGCAAGUAAGAAAUGUAAUGGUUUCUGCCACAAACUUGCCUUUAAUCAUUAUUGUAAAACUAUGUUAUUGCCUAUGUCCAUUUAACUGUACUAAUUCAGGUUACACACUUCUAAUCUGGAUACAUACAUGUGUUAUCUAAGCCAGCUAACCAUAUCUAAUAUUAAAAAGACUUGAUGUAAGUAAAUUACAACACGCUUGCAAAUAAGUGCUAUUUUUAUAAUAACUUAACAUCAGUGCUAUUUCAUGUAAAAAUAAAAAGUCAAGAUGAAAGAA